AUGCAGAGCGCCGCCAAUCGUCAGCAGGGCGGCUCGAGUCAGCCACCCGAGCAUUCCGAUAAGAAUGAACUCGCUCCAGAGCUCGCACCCCCCGCCGUUCGCUUCGCCUCCAAGGUCGAGGAAUUUGGUCCCGAAGCUGGCCAAACCCGGAUCGAACCAACGAAAGACGCCUCUUCGCCCUCCAGCAUCAGCCAGCCCCCGGAUGUCACGCCUGAGCAGCUGCGGGAGUUGACCAAGUCCUUGGCCGAGUCUCGGCUGCAAGAACAACGCAUGAAGAGCUUCUCAUAUCAGCCCUUCUCUCUUCCGGCUUCGCGGGUUCCGUCCCACGAGAGCUCGCUGAACCCUACUCCUCAGCAAAGCCAUACGCCCACCGGCCGUCAUACACCAAGCUUGAGCCCUGGGCUUGAAGUUGUGUCGCCUCCCUUGACACCCUCAGGCACAAGCGGGCCAGAAUCCAUCUCCAGCAGCCGUCAUCUGAAACCCAGUAGUGCGCAAGCAGAUGGCGGCUACGAACCCUCAGCGAUAACGCCCCAAGCUUCUGGUCAAGAAUCCGCCCCAGUUUCCCCGCGCAUAGGCUUGCCGCACCGCCCAGCAUCAUAUGACCAUAUGCCGCAGCAGAAGACGAGCGCACCCGACGAGCGCGAUCACGAUACCCGCUCCCACCGCCAAGGUAUGUUCAGCGUUGGGCCUGGUUCGGUCCCGGUAUCUAGAGAAUCCAGCCCUUCCAGGAAAAGUGCCUCUCAGUAUUAUUCUCGACCUUUCACCCCGGCGGGAGAUCUCAAUGACCCUUAUGCUGCGAGCAAACGAGCACCACCAACCAAGAGUUCGGCCAAUAUCGACUCGCGGUUCGUUUUCUCUAGGAAAAAGGGGCGAGGGUCCCCAAGCUCCUCAACUACAAGCCUGAGCCUAGGCAAGACAGACAAAGCAGAGAAGCGUCAUUCAGGUUUACUCGGAGUAUUGAACAAGAGCAACCAUGAACUUCAUCAUACGGGUACCGAGUCCACCACACAUAGCCGAAAUACUUCCAUGUCCGAUCUCAGGAGGUUUUUCAAGGUGGGCGGCGGUCAUAAGCCGAAGAAAUCAGAGCUCUCGGUGCAGUCCAAGGACACAAGGCCGCCGCUCGUCUCAAGGCCAUCACAACAGGUCCCCUUCGCCGAGGACCACAGUCUUACCUCCAAAUAUGGCAAAAUAGGCCGAGUGCUUGGAUCUGGAGCUGGAGGAUCCGUGAAGCUUAUGAGAAGGCAUGAGGAUAACACAGUCUUUGCCGUGAAGGAGUUCCGACCCAGACAUACGUAUGAGACUGAGAAGGAGUACGUUAAGAAGCUGACAGCAGAGUUCUGCAUUGGAUCGGCUUUGCACCAUGGCAAUGUCAUCGAGACAUUGGAUAUUGUGUCGGAAAAAGGCAAGUGGUAUGAGGUGAUGGAAUACGCGCCUUUCGAUCUUUUUGCCAUCGUCAUGACGGGGAAAAUGUCGAAGCCCGAAGUCAGCUGUUGCUUCCUCCAGAUCCUCAAUGGUGUCACGUAUCUCCACAGCAUGGGUCUGGCGCACCGAGACCUGAAGUUGGACAACGUGGUGGUCAGUGAGCAUGGCAUCAUGAAGAUCAUCGACUUCGGCAGUGCCCACGUGUUUAAAUACCCCUUCGAGAGCGAUAUUGUGCUCGCAACUGGAGUUGUCGGAUCCGAUCCAUAUCUCGCACCCGAGGUGUAUGACGAGCGAAAGUACGACCCGCAAGCAGUUGAUAUUUGGUCUUUGGCCAUCAUCUUCUGUUGCAUGUCGCUUCGGCGGUUCCCGUGGAAAGUGCCUCGGUUGACCGAUAACUCUUAUAAACUAUUCGCUGCGGAGCCAACACCAGGUCACGACCCGAAGAAGCUGAUCCUGCCAUCGCAUUCAACAAAUGACCUAUCGAACACCCCGCAGCGCGAUAUAUUCCCAGGAGACGAAGACAAGCAACAAAAGAAUAGCAGUGGGCACAGUGAAAAGAAACCUGAAAAGCAAGAGGCAUCAGCCACAAGCAAGUCUGAGAACGGCUCGACAGGACACAAGGAGGCGACAUCCAGCGCGCCGCCGGCCAAGGAAGUGAUACGAGGUCCUUGGCGCCUAUUACGACUACUACCUAGGGAGAGCAGACACAUCAUCGGCCGCAUGCUUACAAUCAACCCACGCCAGCGGGCUACCAUGAAGGAAAUUCUCGAAGAGCCAUGGGUCUCGGACACAGUCAUCUGUAGACAAGAGGCACCGGGCCGAAUCGAGCCAGCUACGGACCACACGCACAUUCUCGAACCCCCUGCGAAUCAAUCCAAGUAA